AUACAUUUAUAUUAUACUACCCAUCUACAAAACCAUAUCAUUGUGUUGAAGUUAUGCUGCGUUCGGAAUUCGGAUAUUAAUUUUAUGGUCCGGUGUUGUUAUUGUUGUUAUCAAAGGUUAUUUUUGUUUGUCAGUUGUAGGUAAGUUAACUAUACAUCAGAGGAGUUACAAAACUAUGCAGCGUGUAAAUUAAAGACACCGGGAUGAUAAAAUAGUGAAUGUUUACUUUCGAAUUAGUUGUGCGCAUUUGAGGAUUCGGCCGCGGAUUGCUUACACAAAUUGGGAAGGUGAUGAGUCCACCUGGGAAUUUUCAUCCAAAAUCUGUGAGGUUUUACUUUGACUUUACUUUGAUCUGACGAGCUGGCCUAGCAAGCAUAGUGACACAGACUGCCAAGGGAUGAAGUCAUGACUAUUUUCAAGUAUUAUAUUUUUUAUAUAUUUGUUAAUUCAUAUGUAGGGUAAUAUAUAUAUUUUUUUUUUUCUUUUUUUUUUUUUUCUUUUCUUUUUUUUUUUUUUGGAAAUGAAUUCACAGGAAAACUUAAGGCCUUUUAUAUGUGCAGAAUGUGGUUCCAGCUUUAAGAAAAAAUGGAAUCUCAAGGUCCACAUGGAAUCACACAGUGACCCCUUUGAAUGUAAAGUGUGCCACUUGAAAUUCAAGUUCAAGCACAAACUGCGAUCACACAUGGGACGUCACACAGGAGUGAUAAAGUAUAGCUGUAACAAAUGUCCAGCAGUGUUUGGAUACAAACAGAUGCUCAUCUCACACAUGAACAUUCAGCAUCGGAGUCUUUCAACUUACUGGUAUUGCCCUGGCUGUGGAGCACAUUUCAGCAAAUCAGAGGAUUUAGAGACACAUGGUAGAUUGUGUCUUAAUAUAAAGAAGUGUGAAGAUGAUGAUGAGGAUGAUAACAAAAGCAUUUCAUUUCAAGAUUCUGAGGAAUUGGUUCAGAAUACCAAUACAAUUGUGACUGAAGAACCUUUAUUAUUUGAAGAUGAAGGCAGUAAGCAGUUGGUAAAGAAAAGGUUGAUUACAGAGCAGGUUAGAAGUAACAGUGAAGUAGAUAAAGAUGAAGGUAAUGCAUGCAGUCAAUUUUCGAAAUCAAGACAGGGACAUGGAAAUAGGCUUGAAAGGGAUUCAGAUAUGGUAGCAAGCAUAGCAACUAUAGAAGAUACUGAAGAAAGAGGUAGUAGAAAUGAAGGAAGUAUUGAAAAUGCAAAUAGCAGAGAGUUUGUAAAUAAUGGAAAUUAUACACCUGGGAACCUGAUUAGUGAGGAGUGCCACAGAAUAUCACAGGGCAAUUCAGAAAAAUCUGUUUACUGCAGUUCAGAUGACUCUGUCCUUAGGGUUGAACUCCAUGUGGCAUCUGAGGCAGUGAAAGAAAUUGACAACAUUCAUAAGUCUAAGAACCAUAGGUUGUCUGUUACAGAAGCUCCACUGCAUUCUCCUGAUGUAAGCCUACAAUGGCAAAGAAGUUUUAAUAGUGAGAACACUGUUGAAGAAGUCGCAAACUCAUCUAUUUGUAACCAAGAGACCAAAAGUGCAGAAGGUCUGAAAAGUGGUAUGGUACAGAUCCCAGUUAGUAUUGUUAAGAAGUUGUUACCGAGCGUUUCCUCUGUUCCAGAAACCAAAUCUUAUGAGCUGGAUGAAAGGAGUGAUGUAGUUGUUGACAAAGAAAGUGAUAGGAACAUAGGGCAAGAUGAGACCAGCAGUGAUGUUCUGGUAGAAAGUAAAAAUCAUUUGGAAGCAUUAGUAUCAGAAUUAAGUGAAAAUGAAAAUAGUAUGCUUGAGGUUGAUGGCGAGGCACAUGAGGUAAUCAGUGAAGGAAUAUUAAGAAAGCAUUUAGAUAAAUCUACAGUUUCAACAGAAGAAGAGGCUGCAUGUUUAAUCUCAGUAGAUGGGUUACAAACAAAGAAUAAAACAAUAAAAUCAAAGACAUCUGAGUCUACUCAAGGAAAUUUGAUUGAUCCCCUUGCCAAAAUCAAUAAGAAUUUUAAAAUCCCGGAAGUCAGUUGUAGCACAAAAGACAGUUCUUUACAAUCAGAUCAAUUAGAACAUUCCUGUGUAAGUAAUAAGGAAACUCCGGAUUUACAUAUUCAAAGUAGCAACAAGCAUCAGAGAGAUAGAAGGACACAUUGCUCUAACCCAGAAGUUGCCACUAAAGCUUCAGCUAAAGGAAAAUUAUUAAGAAAAAGCUCAGUAACUGCAGCUAGUGAUGCAAACAUUGACAGUCAUAUUGUGAAUGUAAACCGAAAGAGGAAACGGGAAGUAAAAGCAAAUUGGAGAGAGAAAGAAAAGAAAAAAAAGAUACUUGGUACCUCAACUAUCAGUAUAGAUGAAAAAACAGUUUCCAAGGUAAAAGAUGUUUGUGUUACCAGAAGUAUUGCACUCACAAGUAAAAAUAACAUUCUAGAUCCCAAUUUAUUUAUAAGUUCAGAGAUGAGGAGAAAUCCCAUCAGAAUGAAGGAACUAACUGUUCAGGAACUUCAUGGCCUUUGCCAUGCCUUAGUUAAGUGGAAUAUCAGGCCAUGUGUUGUGCAGUUGGAGAAACUGCCCAAAGACAUAGUUGAUGCAUAUGGUUGUCUUAAACAAGCAGAUAAUAUGAGCCAGAUCAACUCCAAAAGACCUAGAUCAUUGAAGUCGCCUUGCAAAAGAAAGAUUAGAUCAUGCCCUUCAGUGAAAACAAAUCUAAUGUCUUCUGUAAGUAAUGAAAGUUUAUCAAAAAAAAGGGCAAAAACAGCAGAAAAACUACGUCGCAGCCCAAAGCAAAAGAAAAGAAAAAGACCAGGGAAAUAUCAGACAAAUUCAAGCUGGUCAAAAAGACGAAGGCCAUCAAAUGACACCUUGUUCCCAAUUGAAGACUUCGAGUCAACCCCAGAAAUUGCAAAAAGGACCCGGAGAUGGGCCCAUAUCUUGAAGAGAGCUGAGAUGUGCCUGAAAUUAAGGAAAAGAAUCCUGGGUUUGAAAGAGGAGAGCAAAUAUCAAUCUAGUGAUGACAGUGAAAAUACUCCCAUUGAAAAUGAAAGUCACAUGGAAGUGGAAGAAAGUAUCCAUGUAAGUGAAUAUAGAAACCAUAUUUUAAAUCAUUAUAAGGAGAAUCAGGAAUGGAGCAAAGGUGGUAAACAGGCCACUAUGCAAAGUCCAGCCAUGUUGCUGUCAGCAUAUCUUUCAGACCCAGAAGGGGAAAUAAAAGUCAAAGAAGAGGUUGAUGUUACUUCUGAGUUUCUAGAUUAUGAUUACUAAAUUAAUAUUUCCAUAUUCUUGUUACUGUUUUUUUGUUAUCUUCAUUUCUGAAGAAAAGAAAUGAAUCUGCAUAUGUAAUUUAUUAAUGUUUUAUCCAAUACGAACAAGGAUUUCUCUGAUACUGUAAUCCUAAUAACUAGUAAUUAAUGAUGAAUAUAUACAGGGAAUAAUUGUGUGUUUAUCUCGCUGUCAUUAAUAGAAAUAAAAUUUGGUGGCUUUU